GCGCAUGUUUGAAUUCGCUGUUCAAUUUCCCUGGCACUUUGCUCAAUCACCCGCGCCAUAGUCCCUCCACCCUCACCUCACCUCCUUCUCUCCUCCUUCCCUUUCUCGGGGACAGCGCUCCUUUUCCCGAUUCCAAAGAGCCGGUUUCCUUCCCCUUCUAUUUUCUUUGCUCCCGGUCGCUCAUUAGCUGGCAAUCCUCGGAUCCUAUCCCCUAGUAUUCUCCUCACACUUCAUUCCUGCCUCACUUCACACCCGGAGUGUGCUAGUUUAUUGUAAAUUCUUUGUUUGUUCAUCUUUCCAUCUACCCAGUCAUUCAUUUCGAGCGGCCCUUGGAGAUUGCAUACCGAACCCGCGUUACACAGCAUCAACCCUCUUUGACAAAUCCUCCACCCCGGGCCCCGGAUACCGUCACUUCCAGAGGUAGGAAAGCUGGUAUCCUACCCUUCGAGGGAGUCUACAGCUCGUACGGUUAUGGCCGUCAUCCGGCGUGAUAUCGCUAGCGGUUGGCGGGAAUUCAGUGCUUCGUUAAGCUCCUUUGACAAAUGUGAGUUUUGUUUUGUUCCCCUGGCUGUCGUGGGAACCUUCUGGACCAUGCAUUGGACCAUCCCCGUGUGUUUAAACCGUUCUAAUAAAGGGAACCAGGUAUGGAGAAGAGAUAUUGCAAGUGGGUUUCACGUCUUCACUCGGGCUUGGGCCUCAUCAGCCACCAUCACCUCCACAAGGCUAACCAGUCUCAGGAUCCCCUUCAUAGUAAUCUGCAUUAUCGGCGGAAUAAUCGCCCUUUCCAUUCUAUGGUGCUUCCUGCGUUGUUGCCUCUGCGGGUAUCGAUGUUGCGCAUGUUGCUGCGGAGGGUGUGGUGGCCGACGGGAGAAGAAGUCGAAAGUCGACAUUUCACCCCCAGCAUCCGCACUCGUAACACGUGAACCACCGGCCCCAGAGCCACUUAAAUAUGCAUACUUUGAUGCCCACAAUGACGAUGCCCUGCCCAUUAUGCCAACGCUGGAAGACACAAAGCAUGUCGCUGUAGAGGUCAAGGUCGAGGAACACGAGUUGACGCCAAUGAAGGGGGCGGGUGCUGAGAGGAGCUUGACGCCGGCAGCUCAGGGACUCGAGCGCGAAGUCCGAGUUCCGAGUCCCCUGCAGGCCCUACGACAGGCGGAUAAGCGGGCCCGGACGCCCGCAGGUGGUUAUGGGCGGGAUGCAUACGGUGACCGAUCGGCCGCGUUUGGAGCACCAAGUCCUACAUCCGCGUACUCCUCCCCGGCUCCGCCCCCUGUGGGAGCCGGAUACCCGGAGGGCGGGGUGCAUCAGCAGGGACGCCGACGCGAGCAGUACGCAGGACACAACACCGGUCACAACGAUCAUCACCUCCAGCAACCACAACCACAGUGGGGGGACGGUGCGUACCGGAACACGGUGCAGAAUGCAUACGGCGCUUAUGAAGCGAACCCGUAUCAAGCCCCUCGACGGCCACGACAGCAGCAGCACCAGCAGCUGCAGCCGGCGCAAGAUACUUAUUACGAUCAGCGGAAGCAACCACAGGAGUGGACCUUGGUUUGA